AUCGUCAGCUUCGACUUCUACGCAAGAGAGCCGCAGCGCCCCGUGUGGCAGCCCGUGGUAUUGCUCCUGCCGGGCGGUGUAGGGGGAGGCGCUACGAUCGCUCCAGAGCAGGAGGAGGAGGAGGAGCUGCGGCGGCUGCUGCUGCUGUCGACUGAUCACAACAGAGCAGUGCGGUCCGAUAGGCGAGCUGAGCGGAGCCGAGUCGUACGGAGCAGGAGGCACCUGCGGGAAGACGAUUUGACUGGACCCGCUUCCCUGUCCGCAUCGCUCAUUUAGCCGUCGCUUUCAUUCUUUUUUAUUUAUUUUUAAAAUCGCGCCUUCCUGGUGGCGCCGAGCAGGGAAGCAGUCAGACAAUACGCUGUCUUUUUUUCCCCUUUUUUUUAUUUGGAAGAUGGUGACUCGGGUGGAGGAGCCCACGCGUGGGGUCGCCGAGGAGGCUCAGGGUGCGGCGGUGCACCCCAGCGGCCGUCCCUUCGUCUAGUAGCUCUGCUUUUACCUCAACGGGUGUCUUCUUUUCCCAUUUCUCAAUUUUUAUUUUAUCGCCCGUCUCGUGUUUUUUUCCCCAUUUCUGUCAUUUGUGGAUUGCAGUUUCCGAUUAUCUCGCCCUGCACCCAUGGGAGCCGAGAAGACGCCGUCUCCCCUGUGAAGUGUCCGCAGCCUAGCCCGUCACCCUAAGCCCUGCACUUUGGACGAUGCCGGCGGGCAUGAAGCCGCUCGAGAAGUUCCUGAAGAAGCAGACGUCGGCGCUGAGCCGUGCGGGCGGCUUCGGGGAGAAGGGACCUGCGGGUUCCCGGCGACGAUCCAGCGUGUCUCGCGUGCUGCCCUUUCUGCGGGACCUGUCCCCCGAGUCUGGCGCCCCCCGGGAGAUCUUCAGCCCCGAAGCCGAGGAGCCCCCCUGCUGGCCCCCCGCCGCGGCGGAUACCAGGAGCCCCUCGCUCUCCAGCGACGAGCAGAGCUCAGAGGGCUGCGUGGAGCCCCCCUGGGCACCGCUGCCCCCCGACACCCCCGAGAACGUCAUGCUGGCACUCCUGGACAGUGUAGCGGGCAGCCGGAGACAAGGAGGCGGCGGUGGCAGCGGCAGCAGUGGUGGAGGAGGCGGCGGCGGGAGCAGCGGUGGCGGCGGAGGAGGAGGCGGCAGCAGCAGCGGCGUCAGCAGCGCAGAAAUCCUCCUGGAUGACGUAAUGCUCACUCACCCCAUCUUCCUUCCCGCCGACAAGUUCCAGCAGGUCCUUCUCCAACAAUAUCCUUCCCAGAAUGUGAGUGCCAACAUCACAGUAGAGCGGGUGAGAACGGGCUCAGUGUUUUCCUUGAACACCGACUUCUCCACAUUCCGCGUGGACAAAAAGGAAGCCAACGGCUGGGGCGCGUGGGACAGCAGCGACAGGAAGAGGGCAGUGCUGAGCGUCACCUUCCGCUAUCUGGACAUGUACCGCGAGCUGCUGCAGGAGGAGGGCGAGCGUUCCCGGGCAUUUCCUAAGGAGCUGUAUGUGCUGGCAGCGCAGGAACUGAGCCGCUACCCUGAGCUGGUGGAGGAGGUCCUGAAGCUGCAGCGGUGGUCCGAGAUCAUGGAGGAACAGGUGGUGGAGGACAGUGACAGCAAGAAGAGGCAGGUGCGUCCACUGUUCCGGCACUUUCGCCGCAUCGAUGCCUGCCUACAGCCUCGCGAGGCCUUCCGAGGAUCCGACGAGAUCUUUUGCCGUGUUUAUACUCCGGACCACUCCUACGUGACGAUCCGCAGCCGACUGUCCUCCACCGUCGAGGAGAUCCUGGCCCAGGUGGCGGAGAAGCUGCAGUUUUCGGAGGAGCAGGACAGCCAGCAUGGCGCUCUGGUGUUGGUCGCAGUCACAUCGUCCGGAGAGAAAAUCAUGUUCCGGCCGAGUGACGACUCGGUGUUCACCACCCUGGGAGUCAACACCCACCUGUUUGCCUGCGAGCCUGCUGAACUGGACUCACUGCUUCCCCUGCCGGAAGAAGGGUACUGGACUCCGGGGGACAGUAAGUUGCACGACAUGAGUGCCGAGGAGGUGGCCGUUCAGCUGGUGGCCUUUGACUGGGAGCUCUUCAGCUGUGUACAUGAGGUGGAGUUCAUCCGCUACGUUUUCCGAGGUGAGGAAGCCCGCUGGCGGCCUCUCAACCUGGAGCUGGUGUUGCAGCGCUGCAGUGAGGUUCAGCACUGGGUCUGCACCGAGAUCCUUCAGUGCCAGUCGCUGCCCAAGAGAAUUCAGCUGCUCAGGAAGUUUGUCAAGAUCGCUGCCCUGUGUAAACAGCACCAAGAUUUGCUGACGUUCUUCUCCGUGGUGCUCGGACUGGGCAACCCAGCCAUCAGUCGCUUGAGGCUCACCUGGGAGGGGCUGCCCGGGAAGUUCAAGAAGCAGUUCCAGCAGUUUGAGAGCAUUGUGGACCCCUCUCGGAACCACAAGGCCUACCGGGAUUUGCUAUCCAGCCUGCGACCCCCUGCCAUUCCCUUCACCCCUCUGCUGCUCAAAGACCUGACGUUCCUGCAUGAAAGCAGCAAGACCUUCCAUGACGGCUUGGUCAACUUUGAGAAAAUGCACAAAGUGGCAGAAAUGGUGCGAACGAUCCGAAGAUACAGGAGCGUCCAGCCAAACCUGGACACGGAGUCGUCGCCGUCCCAUUUGCAGACGAAGGCCUACGUGCGACAGCUGCAGGUCAUCGACAACCAGAAUCUGCUGUUCACCAUGUCGUGCAAACUGGAGCCCAAAGACGCUUGAAUCACAUCAGGGUUCUCACUGGAGUAUUUAUUACCGUUAUUUCGGUUUGAGUUUAUUUGAUUUUGCUCUUUGCCUGUCUGUGAAUUGAAAACUAGACAGCUUUGUUUCCACAGGGUGGAAUUCCCCCAUAGAGCGGAACCCCCCCCCACACCUCUCAAGCCCCCCACGCCCCCCUAUCUCAACUGUGGUGGUCCCGCAUGUAUAAGGAGACCCCCAGAAGGCCCCCUUGUACAUUCGCCCGCACUUAGCAACCACCAUAGUGACCCAGUGGCUGGUGGGGGUUGUGGGGGGUGGUGGUGGUGGUUGGGGGUCCUUUAGGCCUUGUGGGGCAGUCUGUGUUAAUGCCAGUGUGCUUUUUGCUCUCUUCGUUGUUAGCCCCCCACACCCCCCCUGUAUUAUAGUCAUGUAAAUAUGUAAAUAAAAUCAAAGAUGGAGUCUUUAUUUUAUGUAUGAAAAGAUGGUAUAUAAAGUGAUUUUUGUAAAAUUACGUUUUGAUAACAAGUGGCUAAAAAUAUUGAAGAUGUAAAUAUUAAUGCUGUAAUAUGCUUGAAGUGGAUGCCUUUAAAUAUUCAACUGUUAUUGUUUUUGGUUUGUUUUUUUUUUUUUUUUAAUUUUGUUUACUGGUCAUUUUAGACAUUGAAGUGGGACAAUCAGUCGGACAUGAGGGCGGAGGAGGGCAGGCGGGUGGCUCACGGAGUUGGCGCCUCUUUACCUUUCAUUCAGAUCUCGGCCUCUUCCUCCUCCUCCACUCCGUCCACACGGGUUUUAAUAAAGACAAAAUGUCGAGUCCAAA